UCCUUCAUGAGGGAAGAGGCCAGGGACAGCAGCCAUCCCCGGCGGCUCACUCUGCUCCAGCACUACUCUCCCCGCCACGGCCCAGAGCCCCAGCAGGGGGCCCAGCCCGCGUCCGGAGGAUGUCCCGCCAUGAAGGUGUGAGCUGUGAUGCGUGUUUGAAAGGAAACUUCAGAGGUCGACGGUACAAAUGCUUGAUCUGCUACGACUAUGAUCUGUGUGCAUCAUGCUACGAAAGCGGUGCCACCACAACCAGACACACCACAGAGCAUCCCAUGCAGUGUAUAUUAACACGAGUUGACUUUGACUUGUAUUAUGGAGGAGAGGCCUUCUCGGUGGAGCAGCCGCAGGCCUUCACGUGUCCCUACUGUGGCAGGAUGGGCUACACGGAGAUCUCCCUGCAGGAGCAUGUGGCUGCAGAGCACACAGAGACCUCGACAGAAGUGAUCUGCCCCAUAUGUGCAGCGCUGCCAGGUGGUGACCCAAAUCAUGUGACUGAUGACUUUGCUGCCCAUCUCACACUUGAACACAGAGCCCCAAGAGACUUGGAUGAGUCCAGCGGGGUGCGGCAUGUGAGGAGGAUGUUCCACCCUGGCCGUGGGUUGGGGGGCCCGCGGGCCCGCAGGUCCAACAUGCACUUCACCAGCAGCACCACCGGGGGGCUCUCCACCAGCCAGAGCUCCUCACAGAGCUCCAACUACAGCAGGGAGGCCAUGGACCCCAUCGCAGAGCUCCUGUCUCAGUUGUCGGGGGUGCGGCGCUCAGCAGGAGGCCAGCUGAGCUCGGGUCCCUCUGCCUCCCAGCUCCAGCAGCUUCAGAUGCAGCUCCAGUUGGAGCGCCAGCAGGCCCAGGCUGCCCGUCAGCAGCUGGAGACGGCCCGCAGUGCCACUCGAGGGGGGGGGCGAGCCAACGCCAUCCUCAACACAAAUUCAGCUGCUGCAAACUCCAACCCCAACCCCAGCUCCAACCACACCAAUAACCCCAGUUACAACCCGGGUCCGCCUGAGCCCAACACACAGCAUUCUGCACAUAGCUCCCAGUUUCUACUCAGCAGGCUGAGCGAACCCCGGCUGUCUGAGGCGGAGCGGCAGGCGUGCGAGGCCCAGUGGGCCGACAGGAGCCUCUUUGUGACGGAGCUGCUGCUGUCCACGCUGCUGCCCGACGGAGACGCCUCGGCCUCCUCCUCCGAAGACGAGGAUGAUUGUCACGGCUCGUUGCGGAAUUUCGCCGACUUCGAGGCCAUGGGUUGUGUCGAGGUCAUGACCUUAGACGUGGCACUGGAGAACCUCAACCUCAAGGAGACGACGCCGGCCACCAAGACGUCGAAAACGCCGACCAAGCCGGCACAGACGAAGAAAGAGCCCCCCGCGCCGCCCCUUUGAUGAAAUGGCCCCUCCCUCCCCUAAAGAUCACCAUUGUAACUGGCCGGCUGCUCGAGUCGGUCCAACUGCCAAUGGAUGAGAAAAAAAAAAAAGAAGACUGCAGUUCUUUUUUUUGGCUUUUUUGUUUUUGUUUUGUUUUGUUUUUCUUCCCUUUAUUUUUUUUCUCAGUGAUUGUCAUUUCAGCUCUAUCGCUCCCCACUCCACCCCAUGUUUUAUGUUGUGUACUUUGAAUAAAAGUAGUGAGACGAGGGAAUGUGAAAGCAAGCAAGCCUGGUGGGUGCGUGAGAGAGAAAAAAAGGAAAUAUAAUUAUAUAAAUAUAUUAUAGAAAAAAAAAAAUCUUUAUAAAAGUCGAUAAUCAACUCCACAUAACCCGUGUUUCUUCUAGCUGAUGAGCGAAGCGUAGUUAGCCGUGUAAGAGACAGAACUCGUCACACACUCACCGCGGGAGAGGAGGCAGACUGAGGCCUCUCCAGUACAAACGCUGCUGUGUAUUUAUAGAUAUUAAUUAAAGAAGUGCUUGGAUGGUUUACCACAACUUAAGCAUGAGCUUAAAUCACCAUGUGCCCAUUUUUAACUGCACAGUCACGAGUCGGGGGAGGUCUUUCUCUUGUUGGGACACCUGAGAAACUGUCAACUAAACGGUGCUGAGUGCCAUGUAACUGGCACGUCUGCACCCCACACACACACACACACACACAGACACGUACACACACACAAACGGACUGAUUGCUGUUCUUGGUUACCUUCAUGUCCAGUCUCUGCCCCCCCUUCCUCCUCCCCUCCCCUUUUGUGUGACAUUACCAGUUUUGGGUCAUGUGACCUUGCUUUAUAUCAACUGUGGGCACUUUGGUUUUGAAUUGCAUAUCCGGUGUCCAUGUGUGUACACUACAGAUGCUCCACAUAUAAGCAAACGCGGAGGCAAAUUGGAGACGACGGAACGAUCUCUUUCCAUUGGUAUCAUUUUCGGGCCUUUUUCUAAACAUGGAAGAUAAACCCUGAUCUUCUCAUGGUCGAUGUCCCACGCCCCCCAAAACCCCCACCCACACCCCCAGCCCCUCCCUCUGGUUUACAGAGUAUCCUCCCAAGUUUCCCACAAUCUGAAAUUAACCUCUCCAUUACUCACGAAUGCAACAGUAUCUCAUGUGACUUGUGGGAGAGACUCCUGUAUCGCUCUUUCCAUUAAUUUCUCUCAGACGAUAAAAGUUCGUUGUAUGCCUCCACUGCAACCUGAAGAAAUGCAUUGUAUGUUUUUGGCUCCUCAAACGAGCCAAACAGGGUAAACCUUUCAGUUUGGAGGACAAUAAAAAUGUUUUUGGAUGGAAAUGAA